UAUUUUCAAAAUCGGAUUCAAUUGUGUAAAAUCGGGUCGAGCAAUCUUACGUAUUCCGAUACAGUCGGUCAGUGAUUCCUUAUAUAUAUUCCAUGGUUUCCACCUGAAAACUCCGAUCUCUCAAUCGUCAUCCCUUUUUGUUACAAACACCGUCGCCGAUAGAGUGAUCAAUAUGGGUGGUGGAGUAGUCAUGAGAGCCGCCGCGAAGGUCACUGGGAUGGGGGUCUUUAACGGUAGCCUUCGAGGCGCCGGAAACCCCGUCGUUUCCACCGCUCGUCAGGCCAGUGUUUCCGUCGCGUCUGUCGUUUCUUCUUCCGAUGAUGUGAAAUUAGCCAUCGCUAAUAAUGAAAACAAGGCGAAUUCAUCGGUAGAGAAGGCCUAUGAUGAUUGGGAAUUGGCUGGCUCCGAAGAUGAGCUUUUUAUGGAGGCGAGAGAGCCGAAGCCUAGGGUGGUUUUCGGCGGUGCUCCUACUAUUCAAGAGGCCAAACAAGCCACUUAUGAUCUUAAUGAUGCUCUUCAGAAGACUUAUCUGUCUCCGAAUGCAACCAAUGGUCAAAUGUUAUCGGCUUUUUCAAAUUCUGAAAAUGUGGAGACGAAGAAUUGUCUUGUUAGUGAAUCGUCAGUAUCAAACCAUGCAAUCAAAGCUUUUAAGCUUCUUAACGAAAGCCCAUCUGCACAGAAUGUUGUUGCUUCAAUUGCUUCUGAUCCAAAUGUGUGGAAUGCCGUUUUGAAAAACGAGGCCCUUGUGGAAUUCCUCGAGAAUCAUCAAUCAAGUGUUGUUUUCCCAGAGUUUGAUCUAGACGGAAAGGGUUCUUCUACUGAUGAGAGUGAAUCGAAAUCUGAAUCUGGAAAGGGUUUCAUGGAUUAUAUGAAGGACAUCAAGCAUAAAGUUACAGUUACAGUGGUUGACAUGAUGAACAGUUUAUCUGAUACGUUUCAGACCCUUUUCGGUGGUGCACCAAAAGGAGAAUUUACUGUGAAUCCAGAUGGAACUGCUGGAAUAUCAAUGGAGAAAACCGCCAUUGGAGCAACUCUUAUGGGAUUGGCGAUCAUGGUUAUUACUGUGGUAAUAACUAAACGUUCUUAGCACAUCAUGUUCUUAUUUGUCGAAACUUCACCUUCUCUUUUACCUGUUUUGCAUAUAUAGUUUGCAUACGUUUAUUUUCACGAGUCUUGUUAUGAAACAAUCCAAACAGUUUCUGCUCUAUGUUCAUAUGUUCUUCCCUA